CUGAUGUUUUGGUUGAUUCUAAUGAGGAUUGUGGUGGUUUGAACGCAAAUUCUGGAAUAAAUUGUGUGAAAGUUAUAUAAGCAAGGGAUGCUAUAGUUUCUUGUUGCAGAGAUAAAGAGGGGGAGAGAAGGAAGACAUGGCGCCAUCGUUACAGUCGAUCUUAUCGACGUCUUCGUCGCCAAUGGGGAGGGUGGAGAAGGCGACGAGCUCUCUUCUUAUGGGUCCUAAUUGGAUGAUGAACAUGGAAAUAAGCAACUCAGUAAAUUCUAAUCCAUGGAAGGCAAAAGCUUUUGUUAAAGCUGUGAAGAAGCGUUUACAAAAUAAGAACUCUAAGGUUCAGUUCCUUGCUUUGACGCUAUUGGAAACAAUGAUAAAGAACUGUGGUGAUUUUGUGCAUUUUCAAGUUGUUGAACUUGGAAUCUUGCAAGAAAUAGUUAAGAUUGUCAGAAAAACAAGAAAUAUGCAAGUGAGAGAGAAAAUUUUAGUGCUGCUGGAAUCUUGGCAAGAGACAUUUGGUGGGCCAAAUGGAAAGUAUCCACAAUACUACUACACAUAUGCUGAACUCAAGAGGUCUGGACUCCGGUUCCCACAGAACCAAAGAGAUGAUGAUCUGCCAAUAACUAAUCAACCUCAAGUAGGCUAUGGAAUGCCCAGCGAUUCUGUUGAAAGACUUGAUGAAGUAAUGGCAUCUGAAAGCUUCUCAGAUUUGGCUAAUAUACAAAAUGUUAUGGACUUGCUCAAUAAUAUGCUGCAGGCUGUCAACCCAAAAGAUCAAUCGACAAUCAAAGAUGAAGUUCUCAUAGAUCUUGCCAACCAGUGUCGUUUAAACCAGAAGAAGCUCAUGCGGCUGAUUAACACAACUGAGAAUGACAGCCUCUUGGGCGAAGCUCUUGUAAUGAAUGAUAAUCUACAAAUUUUAAUUUCAAAACAUGAUGCACUGACAAGACCAAGUGCCCCUACUCUACUUGAUCCUGCAAUGAUUGAACAAUCUGAUGAUAGAGAGGAUGAAGAAGAUGGAUUUUCACAUUUAGCGAAUAGGAAUUCUGUGUUAAAACCAACUGAAGAGCAAGAGGUCUCACCAAACAAGAAUGAAAUAAAGACUACACUAUCACUUACAAGUGCUGCUGAAGGCUCAUCGUCUAUAUCUAGCAAUGCACUAAUUGUAUUUGAUCCCCCAGGACAAACUGAUUCUUCCAAGAAUGAAGUAGACAUGAUUGAUCUCUUAAGUCUCACUUUAUCAGAAAACCAAUCUCCUCAAACAGAACCAGUGCCACCACCACCACCCCCUCAAUCUAACCAGAAUCAAAAUCAAUUCUCCAGUUCUCAUAUUAAUGUAGAGUAUCAUAACUAUCCUCAAUCUCUCAUGUCAAACAAAGCAUAUACUACCUCUAACAGUUACAUCGCACCAUGGGCUGAACCUGAUGUAGUGCAACUGACGCAGAAAAGUCCAGUUUUUCCUCAACCAUUACCACAGUAUCCAACUGAUUAUCUAGCUACAUCAUGGACUUCUCCUGAAGCGAGUUUGAAUCCCUUUCUAUCAACAACAUACACUCAGAACCAGUAUGCAGAAUCUCAGUAUAGCUUGCCUCUUAGUUCUUAUGCAUCUAAUGUAACUGCGCAGGAUUCCAAAGCACCCCAGAAUCUCAAGUUAUUUAGGUCCAAAGAAACCAACUUAAAUGCCAAUCUAAAGCUGACAGAACCUUCUACUGCUCCAAAGCCAUACAUGCCUGACAAUCUAUUUGAGGAUCUGAUAAAGUUGAGAAAUUCUGAUGGGAGUCUGAAAUCAAGAAAUGCGUCAAGUCUUUGGGGAUUUUCUGGGCAAGGCAUGGCAAGUGUAAACUGAUAAGAUCAUGACUCUGUGUUGCAUUAUACCAGCCAUACAAACGGAUUUCCAUGGUGUGCGUGUGUGCAUAGCAUAAGAUGUAAAUGCUUCUUUCCUUUUCUCAGCAAUCACUGAUAGUAUAGUGUUCUUGCGACUGAGUUUUUAAUUUUUUUUUUAUAAAAUGAUGUAAAAGCUCGUUUGAAACUUGCAACCCUUCCUCCAUUUAUUGUAAAAUGUUCUAUUUUUGGAAUUGUUCUUUAAUUUUUGUAAUCGCAUGGAUGGUCAGAAAGAAGACCCCCUGUUAAUCAAAAUAGUAGAAAGGUGAAGUAGUGCACUAUCAACAGAAAAUCCACCUAUAUCCGAUACAUAAUCAAUUCCACCUAUGAAAUGCCAC